AAAAUACGCUUGCGCGCCCUCCGACGGGCACUUUAUUCUUGCUUUUGGCGUCGAGACGCUCAUACGAACGACUUAGCCACCACUGAAAGGCGGCGACAGCACGCGGGUUUCUACACUGAAAUUUUCGACGGUCAGUGCAUUUUAAACGAACAAAGGACUUAUCUACAUUCGUCAUGUCUUCUUCCUCAGUUGCGAGGGCCUCCAAAUACUCCUACCGGUCUUCCGGAGGAGGUGCGGCCAAUGCCGAUGUCACCAUUGAAUACAGCGCAGACUUGACCGCUCUUUCCAGAUUAGAGGACAAAAUUCGCCUACUUCAGGAUGACCUCGAAAUUGAAAGAGAACUUAGAUCAAGAAUUGAAAGGGAAAAGGCUGACCUCAGCGUCCAAGUCAUCCAACUCUCUGAACGUCUGGAAGAAGCCGAAGGUGGUGCCGAAAGUCAGUUCGAAAUCAACAAAAAGCGUGACACCGAAUUGUUAAAACUUCGUAAAAUCUUGGAAGAUGUUCACAUCGAAUCCGAAGAAACUUCUGCUAUCCUCAAGAGGAAGCACCAAGAAAUCGUCGUCGAUUUCCAAGAACAAAUCGAUGUCAUCACCAAGGCUAAAUCCAGGGCUGAAAAAGAAAAAUCCAAAUUCCAAGCUGAAGUUUACGAACUCCUUUCCCAAGUCGAAAGCCUUAACAAGGACCGUUUGAUCUCCGUCAAGCACUGCGAAAAAUUGGAAAUCUGCAUCAGCGAACUCAACGUGAAAAUUGAAGAGUUGAACCGCACAGUCGUCGACAUCACCUCCCACAAGGCCCGUCUCUCCCAAGAAAACAUCGAAUUGGUCAAGGAAGUACAAGACAUCAAGAUCUCCCUUGAGAACGCCAACUACUUGAAGAGCCAAUUGUGCUCCCAAUUGGAAGACGCUCGUCGUCGCGCCGAAGAUGACGAAAGGAGGCGCUCCAUCUUGGAGGCCAACCUUCACCAAGUCGAGAUCGAACUCGAAUCCGUCCGUGUGCAAUUGGAGGAAGAGAGCGAAGCCCGUUUGGACCUCGAACGUCAACUCGUCAAGUCCCAAGGCGAAGUAGGCAUCUGGAGAUCCAAAUUCGAAUCCGAAGCUCAAGCUAGAGCCGAAGAAGUCGAGGAACUCCGUCGCAAAUACAAUGCCAGAAUCACCGAACAAGAAGAGCACAUCGAGGCUCUCUUGGUUAAGGUCAACAACCUCGAAAAGCAAAAAUCUCGUCUCCAAUCUGAAGUUGAGGUUCUCAUCAUCGACUUGGAAAAGGCCAACAACACCGCCAGAGAAUUGCAGAAACGUGUAGAACAACUCGAAAGAAUUAACAUCGACCUCAAGACCCGUCUCGAUGAAACCGUUGCCAUGUACGAACAAUGCCAACGCGAUCUUCGCACCAAGGUCCAAGAACUUCAACGUACCGUUCACGAAUUGGACAAGACCCGCGAACAGAAAGAUCAACUUGCCCGUGAAAACAAAAAAUUGGCCGAUGAUCUUGGUGAUGCCAAGUCUACCAUUAGUGAACUUACCCGUCGUCUUCACGAAAUGGAAUUGGAACUCCGUCGUUUGGAAAAUGAACGCGAAGAACUUACUGCUGCUUACAAAGAAGCCGAAGCUGGCCGCAAAGCUGAAGAACAACGUGGCCAACGUCUUGCUGCUGAACUCAACCAAUUCCGCCAUGAAGCCGAGAAACGCCUCCACGAGAAGGAUGAAGAAAUUGAAGCUAUCCGCAAGGCUACCAGCAUUGAAAUCGAACAGCUCAAUGCCCGCGUCGUCGAAGCCGAGACCCGUCUCAAGACCGAAGUCAUCAGGAUCAAAAAGAAGCUCCAAAUCCAAAUCACCGAGCUCGAGAUGUCGUUGGACACCGCCAACAAGGUCAACUUGGACCUCCAGAAGACCAUCAAGAAACAAUCGCUCACCCUCACCGAACUCCAAGCUCACUACGACGAAGUUCAACGCCAAUUGCAAGUCACCUUGGACCAACUUACCGUGUCUCAAAGAAGAGUCCAGGCACUUACUGCUGAAGUCGAGGAAAUCAGAGGCAAUUACGAAUCUGCCCUCCGCAGCAAGAGGCAAGUCGAACAAAUGUACGAAGAAGCUGGAUCCCGCAUCAACGAACUUACCACCAUUAACGUCAACUUGGCUUCCUCCAAGAGCAAAAUUGAACAGGAAUUGUCUGGCGUGGUUGCUGAUUACGAUGAAGUCACUAAGGAGCUCCGCAUUUCUGAUGAACGUUAUCAACGUGUCCAGGCUGAGUUGAAACACACCGUCGAAAUUCUCCACGAAGAAUCAGAACGCGUCGUCAAGAUCGAAACCAUCAAGAAGAGUUUGGAAAUCGAAGUCAAGAACUUGUCUGUCCGCUUGGAAGAAGUAGAAGCCAACGCCAUCGUCGGAGGAAAACGCAUCAUCAGCAAAUUGGAAGCCCGUCUUCGCGACAUGGAAGCCGAAAUGGACGAGGAAAAGAGACGUCAUGCCGAAACCAUCAAGAUUUUGAGGAAGAAGGAACGCACCGUCAAGGAAGUCAUGAUCCAAUGCGAAGAAGACCAGAAGAACAUCACUCUAUUACAAGAAGCUUUGGACAAAUCUAACAACAAACUAAUCAUGUUCAAGAGACAACUCCAUGAACAAGAGGGUAUGUCCCAACAGAGUGUAACCCGCGUGCGCCGCUUCCAAAGGGAAUUGGAAGCUGCAGAGGACCGUGCCGAUUGCGCCGAAAGCAACCUUACUUUAAUCCGCGCCAAGCACCGCACUUUCGUCACCACCAACUCGGUUCCCGGGUCCCAAGUCUACUUGGUCCAGGAAAGCCGAACCUCCGAAAUGUAACUGCCUUAAUAGCAACUGAUUAGCUGACGAGUACGUCCUUUAACAUCAACGACGCACUGGCCAGAUAUAUUAUUACCAUUAUAAAGUUCAUUUUUUAUUUUAUUUUUUUCUCUUCGUUCGUGCAUAUAAUAAUAAAAAUAUACGUAAAUGUAUAACAACCACUCUCUUUGAAAUAUUACCAUUAUCUAUUUAAGCAUUAAACGAAACAUACACAUUUCGUACAAAACUAAAUGAAAAAAAUGUAAGCGAUUUAUAUUUGUUUCUCGUAUCGCACAAGUAGAUUAUGAAAACGGGGCUGUAAUGAAAUCUGUAGGUUUCAAGAAUGUUACAAAGUAGAAAAUAUUUAUUAACUGUAAAGGAUACAGGUGUUUUGACAUAUAAUAUGUAAGUUUGAAUGUACUGUGUAAGAAUAAAUUGCUUGUAUACAUUUGCCGUUUAACAAUUAUUAAUUAUCCCUUACUGGAUUAAGUAUUUUAAAUUAAUAAAAUAAUUUUAGAAAAUUCGA